AAUCUAUAUAAUUUCUGUCUUCCUUAGCACACACUGUAAGCCAUGACCCUUUCCACUUCCACACGAUGGUUUGACAAAUCCUACACGCUAUCUCACUUUCUCUGAAACUUCCUCUUUCCCAUCCCUUCAUCCACCAUUUAUAAAUUACCAUUUUCCUGCAUUAUCAUUUUCUCAUACCUCACACACUACUCUUCUCUUCAUCUUUACCCAUCAUCAAUAUUUGGUUUUCAACUCUUUUUCCUCACCUCCCUUUUGUGCAAAUCCCUAAACAAAAUCGAUGGACAACACAAAUCAAUCGUCUUUCUGGCAGUUCAGCGACAACCUCCGCCACCAAACCAGCACCCUGGCCGAUCUCUCCCUCAACGACUCCAUCUGGAGCGCUAACUACGCCGCCAAGCGCCCGGCCGAGCAGCGCCGGAACUUCGAUUUCCGUAACCCAGGAGCAGACGCCGGGUCAAAUCUUACCGGCGACACCAAGACCGAUUUCAACGACGUAGGGUUUAACAACGACGUCUGGGGCUGGAAGGCACCGAUCAACGACAGCCUGAGCGGGUCCAACGUUAAUUACUCCCCGUUCGGAGCGGGCGGCGGGCCCGAUUUCGCUGCCCCGGUCCCCCGCGACCCGAAGCCCGAUUUCAACAACCUAGGGUUUAACAACGACGCUUGGAAGGCUCCGAUCAACGAGAGCCUGGGUGGGCUCAACGGUAAGUACUCCGGGUUCGGAUCCGGGCUGAACGGCGGGUUCAAUAAGGGGAUCUACUCCUCGCCGUCGUUGAAUUUCAACAGUUACAGCAAGGGCAGGGGCUUUGCGAACAACGUGGUGGCGAACGGUAAGGUGAUUAAGGGCGGUAAGAAUGAGGAUGUUAAUGGGGGAAAACAUGGGAAGAAGAAUAAAGGCAACAGAGAAGGUAAUAAGGAUAACAAGAAUAAUGGAAAUGGUGAGAAUAAGAAUGCGGUGGAUAAGAGGUUUAAGACCCUGCCGCCAGCAGAGGCCUUGCCGAGGAACGAGACAAUUGGCGGUUAUAUCUUCGUCUGCAACAAUGAUACCAUGGCUGAGAAUCUCAAGAGGCAGCUUUUUGGCUUGCCCCCUCGUUACCGUGACUCUGUCCGCUCAAUAACUCCUGGAUUGCCUCUCUUCCUUUACAACUACUCAACUCAUCAGCUCCAUGGAAUUUUUGAGGCUGCGAGUUUUGGAGGGUCUAAUAUUGAUCCAUCGGCUUGGGAAGACAAGAAAAAUCCCGGUGAAUCACGCUUUCCUGCUCAGGUUCGUGUUGUGACUAGGAAGAUCUGCGAACCAUUGGAAGAGGACUCAUUCAGGCCAAUUCUUCAUCAUUAUGAUGGCCCCAAGUUCCGUCUCGAGUUGAACAUCCCUGAGGUCCUCUCUCUGUUGGACAUCUUUGAAGAGAACAAUGCUUGAAUUUACGAACACACAUAAUAAUAUGAAGAGAUGAAAAGGGAAGCUAAGAGCUAUAUGGAUGUUUGGCGGGUAAAAUCGAGUGCUGGAAGAGAGUAGGCAGUUGAAUUUGAGAGAGUGGUGUUUGCAAGUAUAUAAUAUAAUAUAUAUUCAUACAAGUUUUUUAUGCAAUGUAGGGUGGAGUUUAUGCUCCCCUUAUUGUAAUAUGAUCAUGAUGAAAGGUAUAUACAUUAUAAAUAUACAGACAAGCAAAAGACUCGGAGAUUGAAUUAUGUUAAAGGCCGAUCUAUUAUUGUGUAUAGUUUGCAACAGCACUGAUAUUAAAAAUGUUUUGCACUGGAUUUUGAUGAAUAAUUAAACUGAUGUGCGGCUCGUUUACUCAUUGCUAAGUAAAUUAAGACACUUAAAUCUAUUUUGUUCAAUGCUUAAGUAACGUAAGAUCUGGA